UUUUUAAACUUAAAGUAAGGUACUUGUAGCCUACACAGACAAAACCGUACUCUUGUAUCCAUGAGGACUGUAAUACCCGAACCAAUAGCUAAUUAGCUUAUUGCCUGGCGAGCGAGGUUGCCAUGAUCUACCAAACCUCAAAUGUGAGCGGGAGCGGGAGGCCAUACCGUCAGAUUGGACUUUUCUUCGAUGAGUGAUCAAAAUCAGAAAAAAUAAUCUUCCAGUUUUAGAAAUUGACAUAGUUACUGCUAGCUAGCAGUAGCUGACAGGAGUGACUUUUACAGAUGACCAGUGCCCCAGAGGCAACAGAAUUAUGGUUUCCCGUUUGUCAAGAAAAGACAGAACGGUUAACCUCUAAACCGAAAACAAUCUUUGGAGAUAACGGACCUAACCAGGUCUCCACUCUGGACCAACCCCUCCCCACAGUCUGGGAGCGGGGACAGGAGUCUGUUGAUCCCACUCUAACCACUUUCCGCUUCAACCAAAACCACGUGGUGUGCCUCCCUGUGGUCACAGAGAACCUGCGGCUUAUCUGGGCACGUUCAGAACAAAAAACUCAACAAAUUGGCCGGGAUGCGGUUUCAGAGCUUGAGAAGCACUUCGAUAUUUUCCCGUAUCCGACCCUGCCAGAGAUGACCACCCUAGCUCUCCGCUACUUGCUGCACCCGGACCAGGUCAGGGUCUGGUUCAUGACCCAGAGGCUCUGCUACGGCAUCAGCUGGGACUGUGAGGAAAUCUGCGAGGCUCGGACCAAGUUGUUUGGGUGCCAGUCAGAGAAAGAGGUCACAGGCAAGGAGAAAAUUGUUCCAAAACAAUACUGCAUGCCUGUCAGAACAGACAGGGGCAACCUCAAGAAACUGCGGCAUUGCUUCCAGCAAACCCAGAAGCCCUCCGAAGAGCAGCUUUUCUCUCUGCACAAGGAGACGGGUCUCAGCAUGAAGAAUAUUCGCAAGUGGUUCAACAACCAACGCUUUCAGAAACGGUCCCGUGAACGAAUAUUUUCACAAAUCCUGACCUCACCACCCCACCAGUCAGAGGCAGGUGAUUUGACGGGGUCAACUGCAAAGAGUUCAAGUGAUGACGGUGUCGGCGCCACCAGCUCUGUCAACUUGGCUGACGUCAGUCCGGCGGACAGCAAAUGUGAAGGGUGUACCAAGAAGUGUCCGGAACUUCCGGUACAAGCAGCCAGUCAGGAGACACUCGGUGUGUUUCCGUACGGCAGCCAUGGCGACGACGGUUCCGUUUCCGACAGUUGGAAGAACGAGACAAGGCAAGAAGCCGUCGACGAGAUCCCCUCUCCCACGGACGUUGAGGGCGAACCAGUCGCUCCGCUUCCCCCAGUUCCCCAGGCCGUGCCCCCCUCCCCUGGGUCUUCCGAGAGAGGGUACCGUCAGAGGAAUAAGACACUGCUCCAGCUUCAGCUCCUGAGGGAGACCUUCAUGAUCCUCCAGUGGCCCACGGCGGAGGACUACGACGGUCUGCAGAGGCUGACAGGUCUCACCCGCCGGCAGCUCACGCAGUGGUUCGGAGACAUGCGCUACCACGUCAAGCAGGGCAUGGCUCGCUGGAUCAGGCCCGAGGAGAGGGUGAAGGUCCUGGCCCGGGUCACUCGGGGUCCUGGCAGGAGAAGGGGUCGGAGGAAGAAGGCGCUGGAGAUGGAUGUGGGCCCAGACUCGGACCUGUCAGACGUCCAUCAGAUGCUCAGCCGGUUCCUUCCUUCUCUGGAUGGAUGAGAGGAGGCUGGUUGCUUUUGUUUGGGUCACCUGAGGUCAGCUGACUGACCACCACCCGUCUCUUGAUUGCAGUUCACACGGAAACCCGUGUUGUUGACGUUGGAUUAUUGCAAGAUCUGUUCUUGUUUUUUUUUACUUUUAUUUUAAGGCACACUGUUAACAAAUUAACUUAAACUCAGUUUGAGUUUUUUAGUCAUGCUAGUGCAGGUAGGAGGAUUCAUCUUAUGUAUUUUAUAUUCAGUGUCUCUCAUUAAGUUGUUAACAUACCGGUUUUAAACUCCAGUAGAUAUGUUGAAAAAAAAUGACGUUUGAUAUUUGAUAUUUCUCUGUUCUGGUCAACUGUGUUUUUACAUUGUUACCAAUAAACAGAUAUUUCGA